UAGCAAGACUGUUGUUGUUAUCAUGGGAGCUCUGAGAGGAUUGCUGCUCUUUGUGCUGACUGUUGGGGUCUUCAAUGUUUGUUGUUCCCCUGUUGGAAAGUCCAAGAAGCAAGAUCGAGUCUCUCUACAGAGGAGAUUUGGAGAGCUAGCAUCAAAUGACGUCUCCAUUGCACAUGCCCUGGCCUUGCUCCGGUCCAUAGUGUCUGACUCUAAACAAGCCAGAGAAGAGUAUUUGGAGCCUGACGACGACGACUCUACUGGUGCCGCUACCGGCUCGCCUGACGACGACGACUCUACUGGUGCCGCUACCGGCUCGCCUGACGACGACUCUACUGGUGCCGCUACCGGCUCGCCUGACGACGACUCUACUGGUGCCGCUACCGGCUCGCCUGACGACGACGACUCUACUGGUGCCGCUACCGGCUCGCCUGACGACGACGACUCUACUGGUGCCGCUACCGGCUCGCCUGACGACGACGACUCUACUGGUGCCGCUACCGGCUCGCCUGACGACGACGACUCUACUGGUGCCGCUACCGGCUCGCCUGACGACGACGACUCUACUGGUGCCGCUACCGGCUCGCCUGACGACGACGACUCUACUGGUGCCGCUACCGGCUCGCCUGACGACGACGACUCUACUGGUGCCGCUACCGGCUCGCCUGACGACGACGACUCUACUGGUGCCGCUACCGGCUCGCCUGACGACGACGACUCUACUGGUGCCGCUACCGGCUCGCCUGACGACGACGACUCUACUGGUGCCGCUACCGGCUCGCCUGACGACGACGACGACUCUACUAUCAAAAAGUAAACAAGUGGGUAUGGUACGAUCUCCUCCGCUCUUGAGGUCUCCAGCACAAGUGGGAAAGUCUGUAGACCAACAGCCUUCUGUUACUGACCACGCUAUUGAGGAUCCAUUCACCUCUGCAACUGGGAUUUAUUGGCCACAAACAUGGAAAUCUGAAGCGGGACAUUGUGCUUAGGAGUCAUGCAAGAGUUCAUGGGUACUGUAGUCCAGGGUGUGUGGCUCUGCAUUUGCUUGUUUUGCCUCUAAAUUAAACUUUGACUCUAA